AUGUUUUCCUCUGCGCUGAAAUCGUUCAGCUCGAACAUUGCGAGCAACUAUACCCUUGCCCCCCAGCCGAACAGCAUUUCGGGACCAUGGAGGAUAUUCGACGCGAAGAGGAAGCAGACUGGCAAGGCCGCGAGCGUGUUCGUGUUCGAGAAGAAGAAUCUCGAGGCGCCUGGAGGUGGUCUGGGAGGGAGGAGCAGCGCAAGUUCGGUCAAGAGGGCGUAUGAGGAGGUGCUGGAAAGGUUGAAGAGAGAGGCCAGCAGCCUUGCGAGGUUACGGCACCCCUCAAUUCUAGAGCUGGCAGAGCCGGUGGAGGAGACGAGGAGCGGAGGGCUGAUGUUUGCGACGGAGGCAGUCACCUGCUCACUGGCCGGGCUGCUACAGGAGAAGGAUGAACAAGAGCGCGCUGGUGGGAGAGCGAGUCGCUAUGUCGUGGAAGACUCCGACGGCACAAGGAGGCGGCGAGAGCUCGAGAUUGACGAGUUGGAGAUACAAAAAGGACUUUUGCAGCUCGCGAAGGGCUUGGAGUUUCUGCACGAGAGCGCUGGGCUGGUGCACGCCAAUCUCACUCCGGACGCGAUAAUGGUCAAUGCAAAGGGAGACUGGAAGAUAUCAGGUCUCGCAUUCUGUGGGCCGCAUGAGAGCAGCACUGCAGCAACGUCUUUGCCUCCAAUCAGCCUUCAUGAGGUUUUGAAUCAUGAUCCGCGGCUGCCCAGAAGUGUGCAAUUGAAUGUCGACUACACAAGUCCGGACUUUGUCCUGGAUAACACCCUUGCGGCAUCUGCUGACAUGUUCUCUCUUGGCUUGCUGAUCGUCUCUCUGUACAACCAUCCUCACACAUCGCCGCUGAGUACUGGAGGAUCACUCUCCUCAUACAAGCGCAUCUUCUCCAGUUCCUCCACCACACCAACUCGAAACAAUAACUUUCUGGUCCCGUCAUCGCACCCUCUCCCGCCCAAGCUGGCAUCAGAGUUGUUGCCAAGACUGAUAACGAGACGGCCGGCACAACGACUGUCGGCCAAGGAAUUUCAGGAAGCUAGCUACUUUGAUAACAUCCUCGUCUCAACCGUUCGCUUCUUGGAUGCCUUGCCUGGGAAGACGCCCAAUGAGAAGAUGCAAUUCAUGCGUGGUCUGCCCAGGAUCAUGCCACAAUUCCCGAAGAGCGUGCUGGAGAAAAAGGUUCUACCGGCUCUUCUUGAAGAGAUGAAGGAUAAGGAUCUGCUCGCACCCAUCAUGACCAACAUCUUCGCGAUGGUGAAAACGAUGCCUACGGGAAAGCGCACCUUCACCGAGAGAGUGGUUCCUAGGCUUAGAGAAAUUUUCCUCACGAGCAGCUCUUCUGAAAAGGACACUGCUAAGGAGGCUGGUUUGAUGAUCCUACUGGAGAACAUGCAGACUGUGGGCGAGGUUUGUUCAGGAAAAGAGUUCAGGGAGGACAUACUACCCAUCGUAAUGAUGUCGGCAGAGUCGCCUACACACGCAUUGGAAGAUGCUGCGCUCAGCACACUGCCAUUUGUUCUGCCAUUACUAGAUUUCAGCACGAUCAAGAACGAGCUGUUCCCUGUUAUUGCUAACCUCUUUACAAAGACUAGCAGCUUGAGUAUCAAGAUUCGGGGACUCGAAGCCUUUUGUACACUCUGCGGCGGCGCACCAGCGUCCGAAGCGGCAUCUGAUGACGAUCUGAACGGCAUUGGGGUUCCUGACAAAAAGCAAAGCACCACCUCAAGCAGUGCUAUCUUGGACCGAUACACAGUACAGGAGAAGCUGGUGCCGCUUCUGAAGGGCAUUAAGACGAAAGAACCGGGUGUGAUGAUGGCUGCUUUGAAGGUGUUUCGACAGGUCGGGGAGGUGGCUGACAUUGACUUCCUGGCUAUGGAUGUACUUCCUAUUCUGUGGUCCAUGAGCCUGGGGCCAUUGCUAAACCUUCAGCAAUUCCAAGCGUUCAUGUCAUUGAUCAAGAACCUGAGUGGAAAGAUUGAAACAGAGCAUACUCGCAAGCUGCGAGACCUCUCGAAUAAUGGUGGAAAUUCUGCGAGUGCGAGGUCAAAUGCCGCUGGCAGGCACGUGGCAGGCUCGAGCGAGGCACACAACGGCCUUACCAAUGGAGACGAUGCAGACUUUGAGACUCUCGUGUCAGGACGGAAGCAAAAUCAGAAUGGAGACCUGAUGAACGAUUGGGGAGUAAACCGAGGCGCGCCGGCCAGGAGCAACGACGCACCAACGUUCUCUUGGCAGACACCCGCGUCAACAUUGCAACCAUCCACGUCGAUAAACAGGGCUGUGACGCCGGAUCUGGCCUCGUUUGCUGCGUUAACGCCAAGCAGUCAGUUCUCGCGGCCUUUACAGCCGGGACGAACGAAUUCAUCGACCCCAAGUAUGCCACCAACAGGCACGGCGCAGGCGACGGCGGGCCUGACGGGUGGAGCGAGCAUCGACUGGUCUGCAGCUGCGAGGAGCUCUCCAUCCCCAUGGAGCAGCCAGGCACCAACACAACCAUCAUCCCUCAAUGGACUGGGGUCUGCGCCCAGAAGCGCAUUCAGUAUCCCGCCUCCUCCCACCAGCCCCCCCUCCGUUGGGCAAGCUCCUUCCAGCUACAACUUUCCCACUCUAGGAUCAUCCACCACUGCACGACCGCAGAACAACAGCACGUCGAGCGGACAAAAGAGCGGGCUGGACAAGUACGAGAGCUUACUAUAG